AUGAGUGCCCCUUCGACCUCGGCCGCCUCGUCGUCCCAAGAUCCUGGGGCUGGAUCCCUCUACACGCCCUCCUCUGGCUCCACAGAGCAGCGGACAGACGAGUUCCACUUUGUGCGCGCCAGCGAGCACGACGAGGACGAUGAGUUCCUCGAUCUCGCCGACACCGUCGCGGACACGGCCUCGAAUGGCUCGACGUCCGUGACGCCCAGCGUGCACCGCUUCGAGUUUGCCUAUGGGCGACGAUACCACGGCUACAAAUGCGGCCGCUACCCGUGGCCCAAUGACCAUUUCGAGCAGGAGAUUGAGGCGCUCAAGCAUCACUGGAUGACCGAGUUGACUGAUGGCCAGUUCUGGCUGGCAGACAUAGGCCCCUCGCCGCAGAGGAUCAUCGACAUUGGCACCGGCAGUGGCAUAUGGGCCAUUGAUGUGGCCGAUCACUACCAGAGUGCCCACGUCGUCGGCACCGACCUCUCGCCCAUCCAGCCGCAAUGGCUCCCCGUCAACUUCCGCACCUUUAUCGACGACUGCGAGCGUGAGCAGUGGCCGCACGGCAGCGGCUACGACCUCGCCCACUUUCGCGAUGUCUUUCCCAUGCUGCGCAACGUCGAGCACGUCCUGACACAGGUAUUCCAAAACCUACGGAUAGGCGGUUGGGUCGAGUUCCAGGACGUCCUUCCCCAAAUUCACUGCGACGAUGGCACCAUGGGCGACAAUGACGCCCUCGAGCAAUUCAUGCAGCUCGGCAUACGCGCCAUGCGGACGCUCGGCUGCCGUCUCUUUGGCGCCACCGACAUCAAGGACGUCCUCGAGGCGGCCGGCUUCGAGAACGUGCAGGUCGUCUCCAUCAAGGUCCCCGUCGGCACCUGGGCGCGCGAGCAGAAGCACAAGUCCUCCGGCCUCGUCAUGAAGGCCAUGCUCGACGACGUCCUCGAGGGCUUCGCCGCGAAACCCUUUGCCGCUCUCGGCAUACUAGGCGACGAGAGGGAUCGGCUGCUCACGGCCGCCAGGGCGAGCAUGAAGGACCCCAGGCCGCAUCGAUACAUGGUGACGCGCUUCUGCUACGGACAGAAGGGCACGGACCUGGUGACGAUGGACUCGGACUGGGAGCCGGCACUCUAA